AUGUCGUUCUAUCGCUUUCUUCUCUGCACGGGCAGUGUCUUGGGCAGCGUGCUGGGAGCUCAUGCCAGCCUCAACACGGUCCCCACGGUUCCAUUCAUUGAGGUCGGAGGCAGUUACUCGCUGUCGCAGCUGACGGACAUUGUCAUCGAUUCCCGGUAUGCGGACUCGGUCGACCACAAUGGCGAGACCUGGAUCCCUCCGACCUUGCAGCAGUUUGCAGCAACCUUCCAGGCAGAUCUCCAGUCGGUCUUUGGGCUGGAUGUGCAGUUGUCCCAUGGCACGAAGCGCAAAGCCAACGCGAUCUUUAUUACCUUGACCAACCAAACGGGAUUCCACGAUGCUGCUGGCCGGUGGACGUCCGAAGGAUAUGCCUUGACUGUGGAUGAUAAGGGAGUGGUUGUUGCCGGUGCCAGUCCUCUCGGUGCCUGGUGGGGAACACGAUCGGUGAUCCAGGCCGCGGUGGAAGGGAAGUCGACGCUGGCGAAAGGAUCUGGAGUGGAUGCACCCGGUUGGGGCACUCGCGGUGUCAUGCUCGAUGCCGGUCGACACUACUAUCCCCCGGAUUUCCUGGUCGAGAUGUGCUCGUACCUGUCGUUCUUCAAGCAGAACACAUUCCAUGUGCAUCUCAGCGACAACAUCGAUAACAAUGUCGAGCUAUACUCGCGGGAGCGCAGCUUGCAUGACACUUAUGCCGCAUUUCGCCUCUGGUCCGAAGACCCGGCUGUCGCCGGCCUGAACAAGCGUGCCAACGAGUCCUACACUCGCGAAGAAUUUGACGACAUCCAGACCCAGUGCGCGCAACGGGGUGUUACCAUCAUUCCCGAGAUUGAGGCUCCGGGCCAUGCUCUUGUGAUCGUACAAUGGAAACCCGAACUGGGCCUAGGGGACCUGAGCAUGUUGAACAUCAGCCAUCCAGACACGAUCCCAACCAUGAAGACGAUCUGGAAGACCUUCCUGCCGUGGUUUCACAGCAAGACGGUGCACAUCGGCGCGGACGAAUACAACAGCAGCCUAAUUUCGGACUACACGUAUUUCGUGAACACGAUGAACGACUUCAUCCGCACCGAGUCGUCGGGUAAAAAAGCCAUGCGCAUUUGGGGCACCUUCACUCCCAAGGAGGGUUGUAACGUCUCGAAAUCGGUAUCCUACCAACACUGGGACACUAGCGCUGACCACCCCUACUGGGACUACAUCCAAAACGGGUACAAUGUGCUCAACUCGGACGACUACUUGUAUCUCGUGGGUGGAUGGUCAGGCUCAUUCCCGCAGGUGCUCAACCAGACCAAGAUCUUUGACGACCCAUACGGCAAGCCUUACUCACCCCCGACAUUUGACACAUCCCUGAUUGGGGACAACCCGUCGAGAAACAAUCCUCGUACGCUCGGACAUCUUGCCGCUCUGUGGAAUGACUAUGGUCCCAACUCAACUACCGUCCUGCAGGCGUACUACUCGUGGCGCGAUUCCCUACCCGCACUCGCUGAUAAGCAAUGGGGAGGCAACAUCACCGCGACGGAGUAUAACAGUGUUUUUGAUAAGUUGCACGCCGCAGUGCCAGGGCAGAACCUUGAUCGGAGUAUCCCCAGCAAGACGAAGACUAUCCUGCACUAUAGCUUUGAAGAAGACAACGCGAAGACGGUGAAAGACCAUUCGGGCAAUGGUUACGACGGCACCGUCCACGGAUGCAAGAUCCGCAACGGCCAAGUCCACUUUGACAAUGGCUGCUACGUCGAAACACCGCUGGGCAGCAAGGGACGAGACUAUACGCUCUCGUUUUACGUGAAGCCCACGAAUAACGUGCCGGGCACUUUAUUCGCCGGCCCAGAUUCCACCUUUGUCAACGGCAACGGCACCAUCUCCAACACUACCCUGAUUAGCGGCGGAAAUCCCUAUUCGCUCAACUACACUCUGCCACUGAAUGCCUGGACUGGCGUGAAUCUCAUCGGCAAGGGCGCGAACACGAUCAUGACUGUCGCAAAUGCGGGAGACUCGUCUAAGACUAUGGUGUUCAAUACGAGGAUCGGGGUUAAUGGCGAGAGCUUUGCGUGGGCGCCUAUUGCCGUUGAGGCGCCAUUGCAUCGUAUCGGAGAGGGAUUUACCGGGUUGAUGAAGGAUAUCAUCUUGACCGAUGGUGCGCUGUACUAG